AUGUUUUUCCUGAGCAAAUUUGAGCACACUCUGAGGUUGCCUCCACAUCUCCUCAACCUACCCACCGACAAGGCCAUUAGAGGAGAGCUCGAGUCUCUCUUCUUAGACAAGGUUAUUCAAGAUCUAGGGUUGUGCGUCAGCCUGUACGAUAUUCAAUACAUAAACGGUGGUUCUGUGUAUCCCGGCGAUGGCGCCUCCACUCACACGGUGGUGUUCAGGCUGGUAAUGUUCCGGCCAUUUGUGGGAGAGGUUAUAUCGGCUCGACUUAUGGAAUCGACAAAGGACGGUUUACGAUUGUCACUUGGAUUUUUUGAGGACGUCUAUGUACCUGUCCCCUGCCUGAACAGUCCCAAUCACUCUGAACCCGACCCAACCAUUAAGGGUGGUGUUAAAUGGGUUUGGGAAUACGAGGGAGAAAACUAUCCGAUAGACGGGGAAGAUAAGGGGCUUGUACGAUUGAUCAAUGAGCCCAAGAGGCCCUCAGACAAGCCCCUUCGUCUCCCUCUCCAGGACGUCUACAAGAUUGGCGGGAUUGGCACUGUCCCUGUUGGCCGUGUGGAGACUGCUAUCCUCAAGCCUGGAAUGGUCGUUACAUUUGGACCGCCUGGCCUAACCACUGAGGUGAAGUCUGUUGAGAUGCACCAUGGGGCCAUGCAGGAAGCCGUCCCAGGUGAUAACGUUGGGUUCAAUGUGAAGAAUGUUGUUGUCAAGGAUUUGAAGCGUGGUUAUGUUGCUUCCAACUCGAAGGAUGACCCUGCCAAGGAAGCUGCUAACUUUACCUCUCAGGUUAUCAUCAUGAAUCACCCUGGGCAGAUUGGUCAGGGCUAUGCCCCCGUGCUCGAUUGCCACACUUCUCACAUUGCUGUCAAAUUUGUCGAGCUCGUGACUAAGAUUGAUAGGCGGUCUGGUAAGGAGCUGGAGAAGGAGCCCAAGUUCCUGAAGAGUGGUGAUGCUGGGAUUGUUAAGAUGAUUCCGACAAAGCCCAUGGUUGUUGAGACUCUUGCUGAGUACCCGCCUCUUGGUCGUUUUGCCGUGCAUGACAUGAGGCAGACUGUUGCAGUUGGUGUUAUCAAGAGCCCAUGUUAA